UCCAUUUACACUAUCCUCUUCUCCAAAGAAAAAAAAAUGGAAAAUCGACUGAAGGAGCUGAGCAUGGAGGAUUCCGACGAAGAACCGCCACUCGCCGUCGAAAUCAACGACGCCGUCAACUCCAGUCAACUGGCGGAAAACCCCGAGCUUCCUCCGGUCGGCGUCACCGUCAUCACCGGUUAUCUUGGUUCUGGAAAAUCCACCUUGAUAAAUUAUAUACUGAAAGAGCAACAUGGGAAGAGAAUAGCAGUGAUACUGAAUGAAUUUGGGGAGGAGAUAGGAGUCGAGAGAGCUAUGAUAAAUGAAGGGGAAGAAGGCGGUCUUGUGGAAGAAUGGGUAGAGCUUGCAAAUGGAUGUAUUUGUUGUACUGUGAAGCAUAGUUUGGUUCAAGCAUUGGAGCAGCUUGUUCAGAGAAAAGAGAGACUUGACCAUAUAUUGCUAGAGACUACUGGUUUGGCAAACCCUGCCCCUCUUGCAUCCGUGCUUUGGUUGGAUGAUCAGCUGGAAUCAGAUGUUAGGCUUGACUCGAUUAUUACUGUUGUAGAUGCAAAAAACCUUCGGUAUCAGCUAAAACCAAAUCCUAACUCCUCUUCAUUUCCUGAAGCUUACUUACAAAUAGCAUUUGCGGAUGUUAUCAUUCUUAACAAGGUUGAUCUAGUUUCUCAAGACGACUCAGGAGCAAUGCUACAGGAACUGGAGAAGGAAAUCCGUGAUAUUAAUUCCCUUGCCAAUAUUAUUCAUUCUGUUCGUUGCCAAAUUGAUUUGUCAAAGAUAUUAAACUGCCAGGCAUAUGAUCCUACUCAUGCUGCUCAUCUGGAAGCAUUGUUGCAAGAGAACAAAUCUCUAACUACUAAAGGCCUUCAUGACAGUGAAGUCAGAACAUUGUGCAUCUGUGAUACGCAGCAGAUUGACCUGGAUAAGGUUCGCACAUGGCUUGAGGAACUCCUUUGGGAUAAAAAGUAUGGCAUGGAUGUUUAUCGUUGCAAGGGAAUUUUAAGAGUCAAAAACUCGGAUCACCUCCACACUUUACAGGUGGUUCUCUUUUCGGUGGAACUUGGAAGUUCGAAUUUUCCUUACGUUUGGUGGAAUAUUAUUUCCAAAGACAUCUCCAUGCAGAUGUGUGUCAUUUACAUUUAAAGUUGCAACUUUAUAUGUUACAUGGAGUUAGCUGCAUGCUGUAAUAUACUGUUGUAGUGGUAAUACAUGUAGCUCCUAAAGCUAUCAGGUGAACCAAAACGUCUGUACCCUUCCUGUUUUCUUUUUCAAAAAUAUCUGCGAGCGUCAUAGAUAGAAAAGAUCAUUUAACUGUUUUAGUCGCUUUUGAUGUAAAUCUCUUGAAAACGAAAAAGAAAAAGAAGUGAAAGGGUUGUUUCCACUUGUAUCCCUAGAGCUUGAGUAAGGUGCUACAUUUCUUAUUUUAGUUUACAGCUUUGGCUCCUAUCAAGCAGCAGAGCUAUUAGCUAGGUCACCUUUUUGGCACUUAUAUAAUACCUUCUCCGAGUGAUGUGGCACUAAUCUAUAUUUCAGUCCACUUUUUCUUUCUCGCCAACUAUGGGUUCUCCUCCACCUUCAUUGUGUUUUUUUGGAGUAGCAGACAAUUCUUCGAUUAGCCUAUAGUGGACCUGCGACCAAAUUGUACCAUAUCUCAUUGAUCCUCUAAUUAUCAGCAUGCUAUCACAAGUUGAUAUAUAAAGAAUUUCUGUUGCCAAGAAUGUCUAUCAACCAUUUUUGUUACUUUUGUUCUUUUACGAGAAAAAGCAAAGCAGGAUAUUUUUGUGUUUUCUGGAACUUAAAAGAAAAUAUUGCAAUAGUAUUUCAGUACAAUCUCAUCCUAUAAUAGCUGUACGACAUCGAUUGUGUCUAUGGUGUUGUGUUCUCUUUCUCCUAACAUACUGACUACCGUAACCUGA